CACACAGCAACUGGGUAUAAAAACUCACUGAGUGCUAACCAAGAGCAGAAGGACAACUCGCAAGAUGCUGCCCUAUGUUGUUUUAGCCGCGCUCCUCAUUCUGCCUGGACAUGCAGAUGAGGUGCAGUAUCUAGAGAAAGCACCGCGAAAUACAACCCAGCGUGUUGUAGGAGGGGUGACUGUCACUCCCUACUCUUGGCCUUGGCAGGUCUCGUUGCGGAUUUUCUCCAGUAGCUGUUUGUACCACACCUGUGGCGGCACUUUGAUUCACAGCCGGUGGGUUCUGACAGCUGCCCACUGCAUCCAAAGUGGAACAUCUAUGGUUGCUUUUCUGGGAGAACACAAUAUUAAUGGGAUUGAAGGGAAGGAGCAACUCAUUCCUGUGGAAAAGGCUGUGGUUCACCCCAGCUGGUCUAACAAUGCUGCAAUUGGAUAUGACAUUGCCAUGGUGAAGCUGAUUCAGGGUGCUGUUCUGAACUCCUAUGUUGCUCUGGCGACACUGCCCAGCAGUGGCUACAUCCUUCCUUCAAACAGUUUGUGCUACAUCACUGGAUGGGGACUUACUAGCACCAAUGGACAGCUGGCAGCCAACCUCCAGCAGGCCAGCCUCCCCAGUGUAGACUACACCACCUGCUCCAGCAGCUCCUGGUGGGGAUCAACUGUUAAGAGCUCCAUGAUCUGUGCUGGUGGAGAUGGAAUCAGAUCAGGUUGUAACGGGGAUUCUGGAGGACCCCUGAACUGUUUUGUCAGUGGAAGAUACCAAGUUCAUGGAGUGACCAGCUUUGUGUCUUCAUUAGGCUGUAAUGUUUACAGGAAGCCUACAGUCUUCACACGUGUCUCAGCAUACACAAGCUGGAUCAACAGUGUCAUCGCCAGUUAUUAAGUAUCAGUGGGCUGUGGUGAAUGGAUAACAUUUCUGACACCUGCUGUGUGACAAGAGAUGCACAAUAACAUCUAUAUGUGUAAUUUACUAGCAAUAAAGCAUUUUUCUUGCAAAAGCAA